AUGGAUUAUAUCAUAUCGAAAAGAUAUCGAAAAGUAUCGAAAAGAUAUCGAAAAAAUCGAUAUAUCGUAAAGUAUCGAUAUAUCGUAAAGUACCGAUAUAUCGAAAAGUACCGAAAAGAUAUCGAAAAGUAUCGAAAAGAUAUCGAAAAGUACAGAAAAGAUAUCGAAAAGUACCGAAAAGAUAUCCAAAAGUACCGAAAAGAUAUCGAAAAGUACCGAAAAGAUAUCGAAAAGUACCGAAAAGAUAUCGAAAAGUACCGAAAAAUUUUCGAAAAGUAUCGAAAAGAUAUCGAAAAGUAUCGAAAAGAUAUCGAAAAGUAUCGUAAAGAUAUCGAAAAGUAUCGAAAAGUACCGAAAAGAUAUCGAAAAGUACCGGAAAGAUAUCGAAAAGUACCGAAAAGAUAUCGAAAAGUACCGAAAAGAUAUCGAAAAGUACCGAAAAGAUAUCGAAAAGUAUCGAAAAGAUAUCGAAAAGUAUCGAAAAGAUAUCGAAAAAAUCGAUAUAUCGUAAAGUAUCGAUAUAUCGAAAAGUACCGAUAUAUCGAAAAGUACCGAAAAGAUAUCGAAAAGUAUCGAAAAGAUAUCGAAAAGUACCGAAAAGAUAUCGAAAAGUACCGAAAAGAUAUCCAAAAGUACCGAAAAGAUAUCGAAAAGUACCGAAAAGAUAUCGAAAAGUACCGAAAAGAUAUCGAAAAGUACCGAAAAAUUUUCGAAAAGUAUCGAAAAGAUAUCGAUAAGUAUCGAAAAGAUAUCGAUAAGUAUUUAUAUAUAAUGAAAAUAUCGAUAUAUAAUGAAAAGUAUCGAAAAGAUAUCGAUAAGUAUCGAAAAGAUAUCGAUAAGUAUCGAAAAGAUAUCGACAAGUAUCGAAAAGAUAUCGAUAAGUAUCGAAAUUUUAUAGAUAAGUAUCGAAAAGAUAUCGAAAAGUAUCGAAAAGAUAUCGAUAAGUAUCGAAAAGACAUCGAAAAGUAUCGAAAAGAUAUCGAAAAGAUAUCGAAAAGUAUCGAAAAGAUAUCGAAAAGUAUCGAAAAGAUAUCGAAAAGUACCGAAAAAAUAUCGAAAAGUAUCGAUAUAUCGAAAAAUAUCGAAAAGAACCGGAAAGAUAUCGAAAAGUACCGAAAAGAUAUCGAAAAGUACCGAAAAGAUAUCGAAAAGUACCGAAAAGAUAUCGAAAAGUACCGAAAAGAUUUCGAAAAGUACCGAAAAGAUUUCGAAAAGUACCGAAAAGAUAUCGAAAAGUACCGAAAAGUUAUCGAAAAGUACCGAAAAGAUAUCGACAAGUACCGAAAAGAUAUCGACAAGUACCGAAAAGAUAUCGACAAGUACCGAAAAGAUAUCGAAAAGUACCGAAAAGAUAUCGAAAAGUACCGAAAAGAUAUCGAAAAGUACCGAAAAGAUAUCGAAAAGUACCGAAAAGAUUUCGAAAAUUACCGAAAAGAUAUCGAAAAGUAUCGAAAAGAUAUCGAAAAGUAUCGAAAAGAUAUCGAAAAGUAUCGUAAAGAUAUCGAAAAGUAUCGAAAAGAUAUCGAAAAGUAUCGAUGUAUAGAUAAGUAUCGAUAUAUCGAUAAUAUCGAAAAGAUAUCGAAAAGUAUCGAAAAGAUAUCGAAAAGUAUCGAAAAGAUAUCGAAAAGUAUCAUAAAGAUCGAAAAGUAUCGAAAAGAUAUCGAAAAGUAUCGAUAUAUCGAAAAAAAAGAUAUCGAAAAGUACCGAAAAGAUAUCGAUAAGUACCGGAAUGAUAUCGAAAAGUACCGAAAAGAUAUCGAAAAGUACCGAAAAGAUAUCGAAAAGUACCGAAAAGAUAUCGAAAAGUACCGAAAAGAUAUCGAAAAGUACCGAAAAGAUAUCGAAAAGUACCGAAAAGAUUUCGAAAAGUACCGAAAAGAUAUCGAAAAGUACCGAAAAGAUAUCGAAAAGUACCGAAAAGAUAUCGAAAAUUACCGUAAAGAUAUCGAAAAGUACCGAAAAGAUAUCGAAAAGUACCGAAAAGAUAUCGAAAAGUACCAAAAAGAUAUCGACAAGUACCGAAAAGAUAUCGACAAGUACCGAAAAGAUAUCGACAAGUACCGAGAAGAUAUCGAAAAGUACCGAAAAGAUAUCGAAAAGUAUCGAAAAGAUAUCGAAAAAUAUCGAAAAGUAUCGAAAAGAUAUCGAAAAGUAUCGAAAAGAUAUCGAAAAGUAUCGAAAAGAUAUCGAAAAUAUCGAAAAGAUAUCGAUAAGAUUCGAAAAGAUAUCGAUAAGUAUCGAAAAGAUAUCGAUAAGUAUCGAAAAGAUAUCGAUAAGUAUCGAAAAGAUAUAGAUAAGUUUCAAAAAGAUAUCGAAAAGUAUCGAAAAGACAUCGAAAAGUAUCGAAAAGUUAUCGAAAAGUAUCGAAAAGAUAUCGAAAAGUAUCGAAAAGUUAUCGAAAAGUAUCGAAAAGAUAUCGAAAAGUAUCGAAAAGAUAUCGAAAAGUACCGAAAAGAUAUCGAAAAGUAUCGAAAAGAUAUCGAAAAGUAUCGAAAAGAUAUCGAAAAAUAUCGAAAAGUUAUCGAAAAGUAUCGAAAAGAUAUCGAAAAGUAUCGAAAAGUUAUCGAAAAGUAUCGAAAAGAUAUCGAAAAGUAUCGAAAAGAUAUCGAAAAGAUAUCGAAAAAUAUCGAUAAGUACCGAAAAGAUAUCGAUAAGUACCGAAAAGAUAUCGAAAAGUACCGAAAAGAUAUCGAAAAGUAUCGAAAAGAUAUCAAAAAGUAUCGAAAAGAUAUCGAAAAGUAUCGAAAAGAUAUCGAAAAGUAUCGAAAUGAUAUCGAAAAGUAUCGAAAAGAUAUCGAAAAGUAUCGAUAUAUCGAAAAAUAUCGAAAAGUGCCGAAAAGAUAUCCAAAAGUACCGAAAAGAGAUCGAAAAGUACCGAAAAGAUAUCGAAAAGUAUCGAAAAGACAUCGAAAAGUAUCGAAAAGAUAUCGAAAAGAUAUCGAAAAGUAUCGAAAAGAUAUCGAAAAGUAUCUAUAUAUAUCGAAAAGUAUCUAUAUAUAUCGAAAAGUAUCUAUAUAUAAUGAAAAGUAUCGAUAUAUAAUUAAAAUAUCGAUAUAUAAGUACCGAAAAGAUAUCGAAAAGUACCGAAAAGAUAUCGAAAAGUACCGAAAAGAUAUCGAAAAGAACCGGAAAGAUAUAGAAAAGUACCGAAAAGAUAUCGAAAAGUACCGAAAAGAUAUCGAAAAGUACCGAAAAGAUAUCGAAAAGUACCGAAAAGAUUUCGAAAAGUACCGAAAAGAUUUCGAAAAGUACCGAAAAGAUAUCGAAAAGUACCGAAAAGUUAUCGAAAAGUACCGAAAAGAUAUCGAAAAGUAUCAUAAAGAUCGAAAAUAUCGAUAUAUCGAUAAGUAUAGAAAAGGUAUCGAAAAGUACCGAAAUGAUAUCGAAAAGUACCGGAAAGAUAUCGAAAAGUACCGAAAAGAUAUCGAAAAGUACCGAAAAGAUAUCGAAAAGUACCGAAAAGAUAUCGAAAAGUAUCGAAAAGAUGGUUAUCACAUUUAG